AUGGUCUCUGUCUCGUUCUCGGCAUAUCUCCACCAGGUCUGCUUUGGACCCCCGACCCUCCUCCUCCCUGGUGGGCCCCAGCUCAGUGCCUGUCCAGCAAUGCUGUCCUCCGAUUUUCAUAGCGUCCUGACUGAUGGGACACCGAACUGUUCCCCCCCAGAGUCUGGCAUUGGAGAUCCCCUCAGGCCAUCCGAUGUCCAAGAUGUGAUGCAGGCACCCGUCAACAAAGACCUGGAAAAAUACAGUCUUCCAGCUCGCCUCGGAGGCGUUAGCAUCACGUCUCACCGGAAGUUCUCUGCUCCCAGACAUGGGUCUCUGGGCUUCUUGCCUCGAAAGCGAAGCAGCAGGCACCGGGGAAAGGUGAAGAGCUUCCCUAAAGAUGAUCCCAGCAAGCCUAUCCACCUGACAGCCUUUCUGGGCUAUAAGGCAGGCAUGACCCACAUAGUUCGAGAGGUGGACAGACCUGGCUCAAAGGUGAACAAGAAGGAAGUUGUUGAGGCUGUCACCAUCGUAGAGAUACCCCCCAUGGUCAUUGUGGGUAUUGUAGGCUACGUACAAACCCCCAGAGGCCUCCGGAGCUUCAAAACCAUCUUUGCUGAGCACAUCAGUGAUGAGUGUAAGAGACGAUUCUAUAAGAACUGGCAUAAGUCCAAGAAGAAGGCUUUCACCAAGUACUGCAAGAAAUGGCAGGAUGAUGAUGGCAAGAAGCAACUGGAGAAAGACUUCAAUAGCAUGAAGAAAUACUGCCAGGUCAUCUGAGUCAUUGCUCACACCCAGAUGCGCUUGCUCCCUUUGAGACAAAAGAAGUCUCACCUGAUGGAGAUCCAGGUGAACGGUGGUAGUGUAUCUGAGAAACUGGACUGGGCCCGUGAAAAGCUGGAACAGCAGGUGCCUGUGUCCACCGUAUUUGGACAAGAUGAGAUGAUUGAUGUCAUUGGUGUGACCAAGGGCAAGGGUUACAAAGGUGUCACCAGCCGCUGGCAUACAAAGAAGCUGCGAAAGACUCACAGAGGCCUGCGUAAAGUGGCCUGUAUUGGAGCUUGGCAUCCUGCCCGUGUUGCCUUCUCUGUGGCUCGAGCCGGUCAGAAGGGCUACCAUCACCGCACUGAGAUCAACAAAAAGAUCUAUAAGAUUGGUCAGGGCUACCAGAUCAAGGAUGGCAAGCUGAUAAAAAACAACGCAUCAACUGAUUAUGACCUGUCUGACAAGAGCAUCAACCCUCUGGGAGGCUUUGUCCACUAUGGUGAAGUGGCCAAUGACUUUAUCAUGCUCAAAGGUUGUGUUGUUGGGACCACCCUGAGAAAGUCUCUGCUGGUACAGACCAAGCGUCGUGCCCUGGAGAAGAUUGACUUGAAGUUUAUUGAUACCACCUCCAAAUUUGGCCAUGGUCGCUUCCAGACCGUGGAGGAGAAGAAAGCUUUCAUGGGACCACUCAAAAAGGACUGUGUGGCUAAGGAAGAAGCUGCAUAAUGUUUCCAGACUAAUACAGAGCUGGUGGAUUUUCAAUAAAUUGAAAUUAUUUUCCAAUCU